UUAAAAACAUUUACAUUCCCAUUUUUGGAUAACCAAAAACCGAUCACUUUGACUUGCCUUUCACAGCCCUCUCCUCCAAAUACCCCUCUCUAAUGGAAUCCUCCGAUCCGCCACCACCCGCCACCGUAAGCGACGAAACAAUAACAGAGGAAAUUAGAUCUUUACACGAAUUAGCCCUUCGAGGAUCAUGGAAAUCAAUCCUUGAAAAAGUAUCAGCAGCAAGAACAUUCUCACAGCUUCGAUACCCGCACGAACACCUCAUUUUCCUCGCUUUCAAUUCCGUUGCUUUAUCCAAGCUCCGUCGAUAUUCCGAAGCUCUCGAUGAUAUCGAAACUUCCAUUGAAGAUCUCGAUAGUUCUGCAUAUCGAUACGAAGCAUACCCUAAAGUUUACCCUGAUAAAAAAGGUUCCAUGAUCCCUUUUUCUAUUCGAUGGCUUUAUUCUCUUCUCCCUUCUUUUCUUAAUCGUCGACAAGAUUGUAUUGAUCGUCUUUACCUUCUUUUACAUUUUGUUAGAACUAAAAUUAAUGGGUGUUCUUCAGAAAAUGUUGAAGUUUGGAAAAAACGAGAGAACUUUGUUUUAUCUACGAUUAUAAGUCAACAUUCGAAUCAAAAAGAAUUUGGUGUUUGUUUAUCUUUGAUUAUUGAUAUGUUAACAAAGGAUGGAGAGAAUUUAGAAUUGAUUUCGAAAUUGGGUUAUGUUCAAUUGCAAUUUGGUGAUCUUGAAGGUGCAAAAGAGUCAUUUUCGAAGAUCGAGCAAAUAUUGAAGAAGAAGAAUGAUGGAAAUGCAAGUGUUGAGAUGAUGAAUUUGGUGGGAAGAAAUAAAGCAUUGAUUUAUAUGGUGGGAAAAGAUUAUGUUUCAGCUGUAAGAGAGUAUGAUGAAUGUAUUGAAAGAGACGGGUCUGAUGUUGUUGCAAUAAAUAAUAAAGCUUUGUGUUUGAUGUAUUUGAGGGAUUUAGCUGAUUCUAUUAAAGUUUUAGAGAAUUCACUUGAAAGGGUUCCUAAUGUGGCACUUAAUGAAACUUUGAUUGUUAAUCUUUGUUCUAUGUAUGAAUUGGCUUAUGUUAAUCAUACUGAUAUUAAGAAGACUCUAAGUAAUUGGAUUGCUCGGCUCGCUCCUGAUGAUUUUGAUCCAGCCUGUACCAGGAUUUGAGGGCUGUAAAUUUUAAAGUGUCUUUUUCCAAUUGUGGAGAUCAUACUAUCAACAGUUUUUCAUCGAAGGAGCUCCAUUCGCAUCUGAAGAUACAUUGUCGUGAUCGGAUGAAAUUUGUAUGAAAGAAUUUAGAUGAAUGAAGAUGAAAUGAAGCCCAUUUGAACUUUACAAUUUGAUUGUACUUUCUCUAUUCCAUAAUAAUUGCUAAUUGCUACUGGACGUGACAUAUUAUGUGGAAAAAUGUCACAAGGAGGAAGUAUAGUAUAGUUUUUUUUGGUGGUUUUGGUUUAUUCUAAGUAGCCUGUCGUAACAAAAAUGUAAACACAAAGCGGACAAUAUGGGAAAACCACUUUCCUUCUUACUUUGUCUCUACUUGUGCUUCUUAUUUGGUUUAUUUAUCCAAUUUCGUGUGUUUCAUCAUUCAUUAAUGUAAUUUAGCUUCCAAUUACUUGUCAAGCUCAUUUUGCUGUAUUUUAUAUUUUAUAUAUUUUUUUUAUUUUUCUAUAUAUGCAAAACUAGCAAAUGGGAUCAUGUAAUUGUUAAUUAUUUUCUUUUUCUUUUGUAUUUUUAUUUUUCAAUACAUCUAAAAUUUGCAAA